UACCCACAGAAGCACACAGAGAGGGGCACAACACUCAGACACAUUCGUGCAGGGGGUGGCUGACAGGAUCCAAACAAUGAGGGCAAGAAUGGCACGGAGAGACUAACUAGCUUGCUGACAACCAAGCUCCCGCACCAGCUUCUGCAUCCCAUUUCAAGUUCCCUCGCUCUUCAGAGACUGUUCUCUCGGUUAUCCUUUGAGAAACGAUAUUUAUAAAAACAAAGCAGAUCAUGGCACGACUCACAAAAAGAAGACUGGCUGAUACGAAAGUAAUUCAGUACUUAUGGACUGCCAUCGAAGUCAUCCGCAACCAGAAACAGAUUGCAAAUAUUGAUCGCAUUACAAAGUACAUGACGCGAGUGCAUGGGAUACAUCCAAAGGAGAUCACACGGCAGUUAAGCUUAGCUGUGAAAGACGGUCUUAUUGUGGAGACACUUACAGUAGGCUGCAAAGGAUCAAAGGCUGGUAUUGAACAGGAAGGAUACUGGUUACCUGGGGAUGAAAUUAUGAAACCGCACCAAAUUCACGGAAGAGAGGGAAAAUCAGUGAAAUCACCAGAGGACUGGGAGACGGAAACACACGACUGGUAUUGUUUUGAAUGCCAUUUGCCAGGAGAAGUGAUGAUGUGCGACCAGUGCUUUCGCGUGUAUCACCCAAAAUGCUUACCUGAUGACUUAAAGCUUAGAGAUAGCAGUAAUCACUUGCAGUGCCCAAUUUGCAAGAGCAUGAAGAAGAAAAACAACAACAAGCAGGAGAUGGGUAAAUACCUGCGAUUCAUUGUUUCCCGCAUGAAGGAGAGGGCGAUUGAACUCAAUAAAAAAGGAAAGGACAGCAAGCAUCCAAUGUAUAGGCGAUUGGUUCAUACUACCAUUGAUGUUUCUACCAUUAAUGAGAAAGUGACUGAAGGAAAAUACAAGAGCUACGAUGAGUUCAAGGCGGAUGCACAGCUGCUUCUACACAACACAAUUCUUUUUUAUGGAGAUGACAGUGAGCAGGCCGAUGUGGCUAAAGUUCUUUAUACGGACACUUGUCAUGAGUUGGAUGAGCUGCAGCUUUGCAAAAAUUGCUUCUAUUUGUCAAAUGCUCGUCCUGAAAAUUGGUUCUGCUAUCCCUGUAUACCUAAUCAUGAAUUGGUCUGGGCUAAGAUGAAAGGUUUUGGGUUUUGGCCAGCCAAGGUCAUGCAGAAAGAAGACAAUCAAGUUGAUGUUCGUUUUUUUGGCUACCAUCAUCAGAGAGCCUGGAUCCCAUCAGAUAAUAUUCAGGAGAUUACUGUCAACGUGCAUCAGCUACAAGUGAAACGCAGUAUGGGCUGGAAAAAAGCCUGCGAUGAGCUGCAGUUGCACCAACGCUUUUUGCGAGAAGGACGGUUCUGGAAAUCCAAAGGCGAAGAUAAAGGAGAGGAGGAAGCUGAAUCUAGCAUAUCCUCUACCAGCAAUGAUCAACACAAAACAUCUCAGGAACCUAGAGCCAAGAAAGGAAGACGCAAUCAAAAUUUAGAGCCUAAAAUGGAAGAACAAGAGCCUGAACCUGAAACUGAAGCAGUGAGCUCAAGUCAGGAGAUUCCGCCUGUUCCUCCUCCAGUGGAAAAGAUUUCAGUUUGCACACAGACCAAGAAGCCAAGUGCCCCCUCUCCCAGAAUGCUGCACCGGAGCACACAGACCAACAACGAUGUGGCCUGCCAGAACAUGUGUCACGACAAGUAUAGCAAGAUAUUCAAUGAAUACAAGGAAAGGAUGGGUGUAGACAACAAGCGAGAGACAGAGAGAGUUGUACGAGAAGCAUUAGAUAAGCUGCGCGUGGAGAUGGAAGAGGAGAAGCGACAAGCUGUUAACAAAGCUGUAUCUAAUGCUCAGGCGGAAAUGGAUAGAAAGUGUAAACAAGUCAAAGAAAAAUGCAAAGAAGAGUUUGUGGAAGAAAUAAAAAAACUUGCAGCUCAACACAAACAGCUCAUAUCGCAGACCAAGAAGAAGCAGUGGUGCUACAACUGUGAAGAGGAAGCCAUGUAUCACUGCUGCUGGAACACUUCAUACUGCUCCAUCAAAUGUCAGCAGGAACACUGGCACGCAGAACACAAGAGGACCUGCCGCAGGAAAAGAUGAACGGCUUCCCUUUGUCCAAAUGUAGCAGCCAUUUUGUUUUACUCUUCUCUUCAAGAUGCCCUAAUUGCUUACUACCAUGUUUGCACCAGCUCAUUACUUAAUUAGUCUGGAAGAGAGAUCUGCUCUGUGCAGCCCUCCUGCUUUUAGGGUAAAAGACCUUUCCGCAUACAUUAAUUUUUGCACACUGACUUCACUUUCCUCUGCCUCUGCUUGGGGGUAGGAGAGGUUCCCUACUACAAUACGCUGGGUGACUUCUCUGCCCCCCAAGUGGAUAAGCCAACUCGCUGCCAGAGACACCCGCAGUACAGUCUGGAGCCAUGUUUUGCAGGUACUUCUGGGAACAAACAGGGUUUAAAGGAAUUGUUCAGUAUGAAAAUAAAAACUGGGUAAAUAGAUAGGCUGUGCAAAAUAAAAAAAAUGUAUCUAAUAUAGUUAGUUAAUCAAA